CGCAUGCGCACAGCGGAGCUCCAUCUUUCCAUCUCGAGCGCAGAAGAGCAGCGGAUGUGUUGAUGCUUUUGGCCGUUUUGUUUUGAUUUUUAAACGUCCGGAGUCGCUGCGAAACAAACCCGAGCGGACGCGCCCUCCGUUAUUGUCCUCCCGGGAGCUUGCAGCCGACAGAAAUGCGGCUUGUGGCGGGUGUUAUGAGGUAGAUUGAGCCGCUGCUGCUGCGCUUCGGCCGCGGAGACACAUUUGAGUGUAAAUCCGCUGCAGGAGAGUUUCCGGCCCGCGCGAGCAGGAACCAUGAAUUUGCGAGAGCUGCAGCUAAACGGUCCAUGAUGAGCAGCAUGUCUGAAGAUCGUGAGGUGCGCUGUCUGCUGUAGAGACGCCACGCCUGACCCCUGACCCGACCCUGACCCGACCCUGACCUGCGGGUCCCACUGCCUGCUGGGAGCUGCAACUGUUUUCAAGUGUUUAGUCAUUUGAGGAGCUUUUAUGUCCAGAUCAGGAGCACUUUCAGACUCUUUUCUCAUGGCUUUGAUUGCUCAGACACUAGCAGCGGAGUUCCUGUCUGCAUCGAGUGACAAAGUAAUGAGGCUCUUUCUCUGGGCAGCGCUGUGAGCGUCUCGCUGCGGUCCGGCCGCAGAUCCACCUCGCGUUCAGGAACAUUGUGCUCCGUCUUCCCUCUUCUGAGCGUCAGAAUGAGACUUUGUGUCGGGAUAGAGAGCAGUGUGUGAUCCCUCACGAGCAGCUUUGCACUGAUCCAGAAAGAUGAAUGGAGGACAGGAGAGGGCGGGUGUAGAGGGCAGAGGUCAGCUGGUCCAGGUGCCCAUCGGCUGGCAGCGCAGGGUGGAGGCCUCGGGGGUGCUGUAUAUCAGUCCGAGUGGAUCAGUGCUGUCCUGCCUGGAGCAGGUGAAGUCGUAUCUGCUGACCGAUGGAACCUGUAAAUGUGGUCUGGAGUGUCCACUCAUCCUCCACAAGGUGUUCAGUUUUGACCGUGGUGCGGUGGUGAAGCAGAGGACUGCGGAGGAUGUGAAGGCCGAUGAGGAUGUGACCAAGCUCUGCAUCCACAAGAGGAAGCUGAUCGCGGUGGCCACGCUACACAAGAGCAUGGAGCUGUCUCCUCCGUCUCUGACGCUCACCAGCCCCGGCGGAGGCACCAGUGUGACCUCCGUGACCUCCGUGACCCCUGCCGCACAGCCGCGAGCAAUAAGGAAUAAAACCCACGAGGGUCAGCCAGAAUGUAAGAACCCGUUCAAGGCGAUGAUGGCGGCGGGGCAGCGGCGCUUCUCUCCGGAUCCGUGUGGCAUGCAGAAGCAGGAGGUUUUCCCUGUGUAUUCCCGGCAGAGACUGGCCAGCGGUGACCGUAGCGGGCAUGUGGCCCUGCUGAGCCCUCCCUCGCAAGCCUUCGGGGACGGAUCUCUGUCCCCACGAACAGAUGCUCUCGGCAGUCCUGAAGGGUUUGUGCGCAACACCCCCUGCGGCUUCCAGGGGACCGGCAGUCCUGGGGCCAUGCACAGCAGCAGCCGCAUCCCUCUGUCUUCUCCUGGAGCCAUGAUCCACGGCUCUCCCGCCUCCCAGUCGUCCUGUGUCAUGGCUGGAAGGAUUAACAUGCCUCUGUCCCCCCCAGUCUCCAACAAGAGCCCGAUCAUGAAGAAGCCCCUGUGCAACUACCCGGCCAGCAUGGACUCGAGCAGGACUGUGUUUCAUCACAAGGCCCCGUCUGCUCCCGGCCCCCCGCUGCCCCCUCCCUGUGCCCUGCAGAACAAACCGCUGUGCUCCGAGAAGGACCCUCUUGGCAUCCUGGAUCCAAUCCCCAGUAAACCCAACCCCUCCACUUUCCACCCUAAUGCCCACUCUCAGGUACCAAUGAUGAAUGUAAACAUCCCCCCCGCCAUCGUCCCGCUCCCGAGCAAUCUGCCUCUGCCCACAGUGAAGCCGGGGCCGGUGGGUCACAUGCAGAGGACUCCACACACCGCCUCCAUCUCCCCGUCGCCCGUCACCUCGCCCGUGCACAUGUCUGGGCCGGCCUUGGGCCGCAUGGAGGCAUCUCCGCAGCGCUCCCGUUCCUCCUCCACCUCCUCGGAGCAGGGCAGCUUCGCCGUUCCCCCCUGCAGCAGUAUGAAGAUCCCGCCGCGCUCGCCCAGGUCCUCCAUGAGCUCGCCCCGACCCGCUUUACCUUCCAGCCCAUCUGGCAAGCCGGACAGUCUUCACCAGUACAAAGAAAUACCCAGCCAGCUGCUGGCCGGGAUGAGCGGUCAGCACAACCCCAUGUAUCCACCCGCCCCGCAGAAAGAGCACCCGGGCCUUUUGGGAAUGCCACUGAACCAGAUCCUUAACCAACACAAUGCUGCCUCUUUCCCUGCCAGCAGUCUCCUCUCUGCGGCCGCCAAAGCACAGCUAGCAAAUCAAAACAAGCUCGGGGGAGGCGGCGGUGCUUGUGUGGGAGGUGUGGCGAGCGCGGCGGCGUCUGAUGCUAGCAGGGCUGUCGAAGGCCACAGUACUCUAAAUACCAUGUUACCACCCAACCCUUCCAUGAUCAUGCCCAGCGGCGAGGGCCAGAGCGGACGGGCGGCGCUUCGAGACAAGCUCAUGGCGCAGCAGCGUGACCCUCUCCGCAAGCGCAAGCUUCCUCCAAACGCUGCCAACCACGAGAACAGCUUCUUCAACAUGUCCAGCAUGAGGACGCCCUGUCCUUCCGCAGAGCAUAUGAGAAAAACCUCGCGACUGUCCUCCAACACGUCAAUGGCCCAGUUACUCCAGUCUCUGAGCAACCACAGCUCCCACAUGAGCCGAGGCAGAAACCCAGGUGUGUCCGGCGCACAGGUCCAGCAGCGGCUGCACGGUCAGACGGAGGUCAUGCUCGUCCCCGGAGCCGAGUCAGCGGCACACGCAGCCCAGGGCCAGUAUCCGGGCAUGAUGAACCAGAUGCAGGCCACAGCGAUGGGAAACUGUGGACCCGUGAACCAAAGUGGACCGGUACCUGUCAGAAACCAUGUGCUGGGACACGCCAGCGGUCACUUUCAGCAGCGAGUCCAGCCGAACGUCAGCUGUAUGCUGCCCAGUGGCACUGAUGCUGGCUGCUCACAGCCCCUGACCGAUCGAGGCGAGGCGGCGUCUCUGAGCUGCAGCAUGGCUAACACUCCUCAGAUGGGCAGCAUGAUGCCGGCCGCGGGGCACAUGUACCACCAUCAGCAGCAGCUGCGCCCGGCACUGCAGGGGGUCUCCGCUUAUCCGGGUCAGGGGCAUUCCUUCGCAACGGCUCCUUUUACAGACAGUAAUGUUCCCAACUCCAACAGCUUGCCUUGCCUAUACCAGGAUUAUCAGGGCUGCAUGUCUGACGGUGGCCAGCCUGCUAUGAGUUCUCAUUCUGGAGACGCAGGCCUGUACCGAGAGGCUCCACAGAAGCUGCAGGGUCAGGGGAACGUUUCUAUGGCGGGAGCGUCUGGAGGCCACAGUUCAGUGGAGUCUGUUGAUGCAAUCUACAGAGCGGUGGUGGACGCUGCCGGUAAAGGCAUGCAUGUGACCAUCACCACCGGCGUGAGCGGCAGUACGCAGGCGAGCCCCGUCCCCGCGCUCAGUGCCAUGAGUGCCUUCACCGCCUCCAUCGGCCAGCCGCUCAGCCUACCUCACGCCGUUAAUGCGGUCAUACACGCGCCGCGUGGCUCGGAGGGGACGGAGCUGCCGUCGCAGCCUCAGCGUGGCCGAAUGCAGCUGCCCAACCACACGCGCAGAAGCUCAGAGCAUGGCAAGAACACGCCUGAUGGUGCAGACACACACGAGUAUUUCCGCUCACCUAGCGCCACCACACCCCGCCCGCAGUGGGACGAGCCCAACCACGCUCACUGGAGAGGUGAGGAGUUUCUGGAGUGCUCCACCCAGGUGCACAGCAGUCCAUGCAGCAGCAGAAGAGAGAGGAAGACCGGAGUCAUGGAGUGUCUGCAGGAGACCCGCGAGCCCUCCGACGCUCGGACAGAUGACAGCGCUAGCCUGCGGUUUAACCACCGUGUGAGAGAUCGACUGGAGCCGAUGGAGCGCUGUGCUCCUCUCAAUGGAGCGCUGCAUCGCGGAGGAUACGGAGAGCCACUGACCGGAGACGACCAGUCACCCGGCUCCUCCACCAGCUUGGAAGGGCCACUGCUCAAAGACUACACUCACUUCAACGGGCACUUUAACGGACACUGUGUGCCCAGCCCCUCGGACACCAAGAGUCUCAGCAGCGAGGAGGAGCUGCGGCACCCCGACUCUCCUUCGGCCGAGCUGCUACACUACAGGCCCAGGGCCUUCAAUGUGGGCGAGCUGGUCUGGCCGAUCAAAGGCUUCCCGCCCUGGCCGAACAAACUGAUGGGAGAAGAGCAUGGGCGCAAUGCCAACAUGCAGCUGUCAGAACAGGCCAAGGUGGAACCAGAGAAGCUGAAAACACUAACACAAGACCUUCAGGUGCUGGACAGAACCAGCAAAAAAAACAGGAAGGCGGGAAAACUGAAUCAUCAUCUAGAAGCUGCGAUUCAUGAGGCCAUGAGUGAGUUGGACAAGAUGUCUGGAACUGUUCACCAGGAUCAUCAAGUCAAACUGCCCAAACCCAAGAGGAGGAAGAUCUCCAGAUAACAGCAGCAUCAGGCAUCAAUGUCUCUCUCUCUUUGAUCGUGGUGCUACACUCUAGCAGAAGGCUCAUUGUGGCUCCGCCCUCAUCCAAUGACUGACAGGUGCUGGAUCAGCCAAUUAGUAAAGGCAGCAAAAACAACUUGCUGAAGAACUAUUUUUUUCUAGCGUACAAGGAAAAAUAUAAAAAUGCAAAAAAAAAAAAGUAAAAAUAAUUACUGCAUUUAAGAACACAGACAGUCCAAAUAUUUCUGAUAUGUUUUCAAUGUGUAUAUAUACAAUACAGAAAUGUCAUGGUAAAAACAUGGGAAGAAGUGUAAAUACUGUAGGAUAAUGACAUGUACAAGCCAACUCAAUGCACACUUUAUCUUCAGCUGUACAAAACACAAAACAGAAAUGUCUCAUCGGUCCAUAAGGCCCAGCGACAUUACAAUGAAUAAGAGUCAAUCUGAGACUCUUCUGAGCUUCAGUUUGAGUUGUAUUUUGAGUGUGUGUGUGUGUGUGUGUGUGUGUGUGUGUGUGUGUGUGUGUGUGUGUGUGUGUGUGUGUGUGUGUGUGUGUGUGUGUGUGUGUGUCUGUCUGUCUGUCUGUCUGUCUGUCUGUCUGUCUGUCUCGGAGUGGACUUCACCAGCUAAAUGAGGUAGAUGGGUGUGACUCGAGCUUGUGGGCUUCUAUAUAUAUAUAUAUAUAUAUAUAUAUAUAUAUAUAUAUAUAUAUAUAUAUAUAUAUAUAUAUAUAUAUAUAUAUAUAUAUAUAUAUAGAGAGAGAGAGAGAGAGAGAGAGAGAGAGAGAGAGAGAGAGAGAGAGAGAGAGAGAGAGAGAGAGAGAGAGAGAGAGAGAGAGAGAGAGAGAGAGAGAGAGAGAGAGAGAGAGAGAGAGAGAGAGAGAGAGAGAGAGAGAGAGAGAGAGAGAGAGAGAGAGAGAGAGAGAGAGAGAGAGAGAGAGAGAGUGAGUGAGUGAGUGAGUGAGAGAGUGAGAGUGAGUGAGUGAGUGAGUGAGUUUAGGUCUUCCAGCACUAAACACUAAUACACGAAUAUGUUUAUAAUUGUCCCGUGACAUUUUGCUGCGUUUCUUUUAUUUUUUGUUGACUUUAUAUGGUUGUGUUGGUCUUUCCUUUGUGGAUUUGUUGUAUUUGAGUUAGACAGCACUGGUUAGUGAGGCUGCAUUGGAGUCGUUCAUACUGUAAUGGCCAACAAAAAGGAAAACUAGGGGCCUUAUAAUGGGUGUUAUAAAUGAUGUAUGGACUCCCUGUUUAUUUGACAUGUUCAGUAAACUUGGCAAUAAUACGGCCCUGUGCAGAUACUCACUAAAGCCUUAUACUUAUGUUCUCUCACACACACACACACAUUUCAGUAUUAUUCAGUUAACACAGUGUUCCUUUGCCUUCAUAAUACACUUAGUAUUUUCUCUGUUAAAGUUUCAUUCAUCAAGAAAUCAACAGUACUUUUGGAAAAAUAUAAUUUCCUUGUCCACAUAAUGAUGAAAGCCUCCAGUCUUAUCGGUAAUGUACUAAAGUUAGAUUUACUCUACAUGAAGACGGUCAGGAUCACUUUAUCUCAGUAAUGUGGCAUGGAAAAAUGCUGUCAGUCUUUGGUGCUGCAUCAUCCUUACGUCAGGGGUCGGAAUCAGGCCGAGAACAGGAACACAUAAACUGAGACGUCACUGAGUGUAUCUCAACGUGACCCAAUCUUGGUGUAGUAAUGUGGUGGUGUGUUUGAUUCUGCAUUAUGGAAAGACACAGAUGAACUGUAGGUUUGUUGAAUCUCAUACAGACUCCGGGAAAGUCCUGCUACCAUUAAGACUCAUGUUCUAAAAGGAGUUCAUGGGAAACGCCACUUAGGUGAGAGGAGUUUGUUUUUGUCUUGGUGUCUGUUCUACUUUCGUGAAUAUACCAUCAGAAGGGUUAGAACAUGGCUUUAUCACCGAGUGGUUUAGGGGUCGUAGACUGGGAGUUGGAACAGGUCAGAGGUCAGGAUUGAGCUCAGAAUCAGUGGAGUAAACAGUGUCUUAUGGAUAUCUGCCAGUAACACUAACUUAAUAUGAACAGCUGAUUGAAUUAUUUUUGUCUGUAAACUCUAGAAGUAUGUGUUGGAUUCGCAGCACAUUGCUGUGUGAAACACACACUCAUCAGUUUGCAUCCGUUUGAAACUCUAAAACAGGGCAGAUUAAAUACCAGAUAUUGGCAGUUUUUUCUCCUUGUUGAUCUUUACAGAAAUCUCACUACAUAAUUAAGUGCAAUAUUUCCAUUCAGUGGAACUGAGAACUAUAUCGGCACAAAUAUCAUUGUAAUGGUGUUUCAGAGGAGAAAUGGUUCAAGCCUGAACAGAUUCGAUCGACUCGUGUCUCUGCUGGUGAAGUCGACUCUGUUGUCAGUGCAGUGCUGCGCUCUGUGUUCAAACUCUUACUGUUCAAGGUCAAAAACAUUUUGUGUUCAUGUGGUCAGUGUUGCCCAAAACAUUUUCCAUUUAAAUUCUUGAGUCCUUUUCUUUCAUUUCCUCUCUCUCUCUUUGUGUGUGUGUGUGUGGACAUUUUUAUUUUAUUCUCUUUGCUUGCUAUUUUAUGAUUGGUAUCUGACUGGUAUUACAAACCAUUCUGAUGUCAAUAUUUUUUUUCAAUACAUAUCUGAGUAUAUAUUUUCUCACCAGUAUGUACUUUACAGCAGUCGACUUUGUAAAGUAUGUUGUGCACUUGAUUAUGUUUGUUUCUGAUAGCUUUGAUGUGGCUGUUAGGGUUAGUUUGUUAAAGUCCAUAAUUUCUUAUUGUUUAAUUAGAUUUUUUUUUAAAGAUGUCCUAAACAGCAGUUUUGUAAAUAUUGUGAACAUUACAGGUCAUGCUGUGAUGUGACAUUGAAAUGAUGUUGCACCAAUGUUUCAAUUAAAACCUGGUCACUAAA